AUGUCUCUGUGCGCAUCUACGCUUUUCGAUCUGACUGGAAAAGUGGCACUCGUCACAGGAGGAGGUACAGGGCUCGGUCUGUUCGCCGCUCUCGCACUCGCGUCCAACGGCGCUACGGUCUACAUCAGCGGACGACGUAAAGCCAAGCUUGACGAAGCAGUAUCGCACUAUUCGACACAGAUCGGCUCAACGGGAAAGCUUAUCGCUGUUCAAGGUGAUGUAUCGUCGCAAAAUGAGCUUGCUUCGAUCGCCUCGACGAUCAAGUGUUCGUAUGGCAAGCUUCACAUCCUCGUCAACAAUGCCGGUGUGGAAGGACCAGUGACCAAGAUUGCGCGCCAAUCCGUUGCGCAUCUCAGCGCUGCGGAGCUCUCCGAGGCACAUUUGACUUGCGAGACGUUCGAACAAUGGGACAACCUGUUUCGGAUCAACACUAGCAGCAUCUUCUUUUCCACCAUGACGUUCCUACCACUGCUCAGCGCUUCGCACGACCACAGCUGGACAAGCAGCGUGAUCAACAUCACUUCGAUCUCGGGUAUCGUGAAGCUGAGUCAAUCGCACUACGCCUACAAUGCGAGCAAAGCGGCUGCCAACCACCUCACGCAGAUGCUCUCGCACGAACUACGCUUCCGCACCAACCUCGGCGUCAGAGUCAACGCCAUAGCUCCCGGACUCUUCUCCACGGAAAUGACGAGCGGCGGCAAGAGCGACAAGGGAAAAACUAGUGCAGACGACGUCACCGCCCAUGAAAAUCCGGCAGCCAGAGUAGGCACUGAACACGAGUACGCCCAGCUUGUACUCCUCCUCGCAGCAAACGGCUUCAUGACCGGCCAAAUCGUAGCCGUCGAUGGUGGCUUCAUGACCGCCGUCGCUGCUAACCGCUAA